CGGCUGGUUGCGCAUCAUUUGAACUUGUGGAAUUCUUGCAUAGGGGAUUGCCGAUCGCUCCUGCUCAGACAUGCACGCCCUGGCGAAGGCUGCUCUCCUGUCCGCGGCUUUCAGCUUUUGCCUGGGUGGUACCCCUCGCCUUGGUAGCAGAGCCUUGGUACUGUUCAAGAAUCUUCCCAAUCAGAAACAGCCACAACACAACCACCAGCAACAGCAGCAGCAAGUUCUAAACAAUGGUUACGGACCCGCCAUGGUUCCUUCUGUGUAUCCAGUGAAUCCCAUGUUUCCCAGGGGCCCGGUGUUUCCUCCUCCACCUCCUUUCCUGCAGCACGUCCAUCCAUUCCUGCCUUACGGACCGCAUAUGCAGCCGAUUCAGCCCAUCCAAAUGUUCCCUAUCCAUGCACCGGGAAUAAUCCAGGCUCCCAUUCCCCUGCCACCGCCUGUCCAUCCUAUGAUCACUCCUAUACAAAUACACAGUCUAGCCGGCAAUACAGGGGGAAAUGUGGCCACAGGAUUAGCUGCUACGCUCCCCACAAGUUUGGCUAGUGCGCUCUCCGGAGGAGGAACUAUUUCGGCCGGCCCUACAUACCUGAUCCAAGAGCUGAGGCACCACAACACACCAUCAAGCAGCACUAAGAGUCAGACAAGCCACAGCACCAGUGGGAGCAAUCUGAACACCCAGCAGCCAGAAAAAAUCUUAUUCCUCAAGGACCUCAAGUCAUUUAGCACACCGAUUCCGGCAGCUAAGAACAAAAAGCUUGUGCUGCCUACUCCCCAAGACUCGUUCAAAAACCUUGGACCCGAGAUCCUACCCCCCAUUGUGCUGAAUGCUAAUACACUCGCUCAGCUCGGUCUGGGUGGCCUGUCGGGUCCUAUCACCGGUGGCCUCCUGCCCGACGCCGGGCAAGAUGGCCUGCACCUAAAGGGAGGAAAUGCCAUCUGGUGAUGGCCUCGCAUGGACGUAACGAUGCGUGGAUUUCAUCGAGCUGCAAGUAUGUGUGUCUAGUCUCGUCCCAGUCACGUCCCAGCGGUGUGUUUGUCAGUAUUUAUGGAAUUUGCUCUAGAGCCACUUUACAAGGCCAAGUUAAGUUUUCGGAUAUGCCCAUAUAAACAUAUCCGUGUGCUAAUGUCAAGCAAGCACUGCAGGAACACUUAAGAGCGUUUUAUUGUCUCCCCAGUCAUUGUCGUCAUUGUCUUAAGCGAAAUUGCACUGCGAGACAUUGUGCGAUGUAUCUCAUUGCUGAAAAGUAGCUUGCCAGCUUAACUUCGUCUUCCGAGUUUUGCAAUCAUUAUUCUUCGCCUGGUCGUCUUGUGUGCUUUGUUUGGUAGGGCAGGUUAUUAUCAUACAGUGAAAAGUGUUUGUUAAACCAAAAAACUCACAAAAAUAUUGUUUGAACACCUUAACACGUUUUAGUGGCCAAAAGGCUUAGUGUACAUAGAAGUAAUUUUUCUCAUAUUCAUUUUUUAUAUUAAAGAGCUGGACUCCAUUUAUUGAGCAUUUUUAGACUUGGCGUCCUUCGACAUUUAUUGAAGGACUACGCUGUAACAGGUUGUAUAUACUGAGAUUUGUAAAUAAAGGCUUAUUUUAAAAGAAA